AUGGAGAGUCCAGAGCAGGGAAACCAAACGUCCAUCACAGAAUUCAUCCUCCUGGGAUUUGGAGAUCUCCAGGAACUGCAGAUCCUUCUCUUCCUGCUGUUCCUAGUGAUCUACAUUGUGACCGUGGCAGGGAACAUCCUUAUCAUUGUGUUAGUUGUGACUGAUCAGCAUCUUCACACCCCCAUGUACUUCUUCUUGGGGAACUUGUCCUGCUUGGAGACUUGCUACACCUCCACCAUCCUGCCCAGGAUGCUGGCUGGUCCCCUGACUGGGGACAGGACUAUUUCAUUCAAUGGGUGUGUCACACAAUUUUAUUUCGUUUGUUCUCUAGUUGCUACAGAAUGUCUUCUCCUAUCGGUGAUGUCUUAUGAUCGAUAUUUAGCCAUAUGCAAUCCACUGCACUAUGCAACCCAUAUGAGUCACAGGUCUUACCCGAAGCUCGCAGGUGGCUGUUGGAUAGGUGGCUUCCUAGGUAAUAGCAUAAAUAUGUUCUCAAUGUCUCAGUUAACAUUCUGCGGCCCCAAUGGUAUUGACCAUUUCUUUUGUGAUCUCAUCCCCCUUGUAAAACUCUCCUGCAAUGAUCCUCACCUCAUGGAAAUGGUGACUUUCACACUCACCUUGCUUUUCUCACUGGUCCCAUUCAUACUUACCUUGAUGUCCUACAUCUGCAUCAUUGCCACCAUCCUGAGAAUCCCGUUCACCACCGGGAGGCAAAAGGCAUUUUCCACCUGCUCUUCCCACCUCAUUGUGGUGAGCAUUUAUUAUGGAACUCCGCUGAUUGUCUACAUGUUCCCAACCACCAACAUUCUGAGUGACUUCAAGAAAGUUCUGUCUGUCAUCUACACAGUUCUGAGUCCCCUGGUCAAUCCCCUAUCUAUCAAUCUACUGCCUAAGAAACAAAGUGGUCCAGGAGGCCCUGAGGAAAGCUUGCAGGAAAUUCAAGUUUAG